AUGGCCGCCUGGCUGUGCAGCCUCCGCACUGGGGCUGGCGCCUCGACGCCCUGGCGCCUGACCCGCCGCCUCCUGCUGCUGCUGCUGCUGCUGUUGUUGCCGCUGCUCCACUCCCAUGAAGGCAGCAGAGGAGACAAGGAGCUUGGAGGCGGAGACGCCAUGCUUCUACGAUCUGUUAGCAAAGGUGCUGUGUCCCUUGACUCCUUGCAGUCCUCAGGGCACCUCCAAACCUCACUACUCAAUACCAUCCUCACCAUUUCUUUAGGAAUCAGAGACGUGCCUUGUGUUCAAGCUGCUCCUGAAGUUUCUGGCAAGCCCUGGUGGUCAGAGGAUUUGGAUGUGACUCGCCAUUGGCCUUGGGUUGUGAGCCUCCAGGUGGAAGAUGAGCACAUGUGUGGAGGGGCCCUCAUUGACCCCAGCUGGGUGGUGACUGCCACCCACUGUAUCCAAGGAACAGACAUGUAUACCACAUCAAAGAGUACCUCCAAGCUCAAGCCCACAGAUGGCAUGAAGGCCCUCGUGAUUCCCGUGAAGGACAUCAUCAUGCACCCCAAGUACUGGGGCCGGACCUUCACCAUGGGCGAUGUUGCCCUUCUCCAGCUUCACACUCCUGCCGUCCUCAGCAAGUACGUGCAGCCCAUCUGCCUCCCAGAGCCCAGCUACACCCUGAAGGUUGGGACACAGUGCUGGGUGACUGGCUGGGGCCAGGAGAAACAGCGCUUCUCUGUCAACUCCACACUGACCCCAGAGCUGCAGGAGGCCGAGGUGUUUAUCAUGGACAGUAAGAGGUGUGACCGGAUUCACCACAAGAAGUCCAUCAUCCCCCACACUGUCCCCCUUGUCUUGAGGUACACGAUCUGUGACACCAGUUAUGGAGAAAACCUGUGCGCUGGGGAUUCUGGGGGUCCACUGGCUUGUGAAGUUGAGGGCAAAUGGAUUCUGGCUGGGGUGUUGUCCUUGGAAAAGGCCUGUACCAAAGUGCCAGAUCCAGGUGUGUAUGCCUGUGUCACCAAGUACAGCAAGUGGAUCAAGAAGCAAAUAAGCAGUGGAGCUCUCGCAGGCCCCUGCACCUCUGCCUGGCUCCUACUCCUGUCCUGGCUGCUGUGGCCCCAGAUGGACCUGUGAGUUGCCUCUGCUGAAUGGGGCCGACUCAAGGUUAAGCCAAAGUCAUGUGUCUGUAUUCAACAAGGUCAGGGUGGUGAAAGAGUGGCACCUUGAAGACUGGAUCCUGCUUUGCAUCCCAGUGGGAAGGGAUGUGGUGGAUGACUAGGCCUUGGGUGAC